CUGGUAAACACCAACUCGAUCCUCAACAUCCUCCUCCACCAAGCAGAGCUGAGCAGUUCCUACUCAGUCCACCGCACGACACUCCCAAGUCCCAAUCCCACAGCUCCAGCAGCCGCGAUGGGCAAAGCAACUGCCCCUUCCUCCCCUGCAGCUCCGACCUUCAACCUGGUCGGAUUCUCCAACUUCGUCCGCGCCAACCCCCGCUCCGAUCGAUUCAAGGUCAAGCGCUUCCACCACAUCGAGUUCUGGUCAACCGAUUCCACCAACACCUCCCGCCGCUUCUCCUGGGGGCUCGGCAUGCCCAUCGUCGCCAAAUCCGACCUCUCCACCGGCAACGUCACCCACGCUUCCUACCUCCUCCGCUCCGGCGACCUCCGCUUCCUCUUCACCUCCCCUUACUCCCCUUCCAUCGCCCAGAUGGAGAACCUCUCCCACACCGCCACUGCUUCCGUCCCGACUUUCGACCACGACGCCUGCCGCCGCUUCUCCGCCAAACACGGCCUCGCGGUCCGGGCCGUCGCUAUUGAAGUCGACGACGCCGAAUUCGCCUUCCGCACCAGCGUCGCUCACGGUGCCAGGCCAUCCGCCGAGCCGAUGGUGCUGGACGGCCGUGCCGUAAUCGCCGAGGUAGAGCUGUACGGCGACGUCGUGUUGCGGUACGUGAGUUAUAAGAACCCUAGCGAUUCAGCAGAAAGCGGCGAUUCCGAUCCCGAUUGUUGGUUUCUGCCCAAAUUCGAGUCGGUAGACGAGGCAUCGGCGUUCCCUCUGGACUACGGGAUCCGACGAUUGGACCACGCCGUGGGAAACGUGCCGGAAUUAGGCCCAGCGGUGGCUUAUGUGAAAGGGUUCACCGGUUUCCACGAGUUCGCCGAGUUCACGGCGGAGGAUGUGGGGACGAGCGAGAGCGGGCUGAACUCGGCGGUGCUGGCCAAUAACUCAGAAAUGGUUCUGCUGCCGAUGAACGAGCCGGUGUUCGGGACCAAGAGGAAGAGCCAAAUACAGACUUAUUUGGAGCACAACGAAGGAGCUGGGGUCCAGCAUCUGGCCCUCAUGAGUGAGGAUAUCUUCAAGACGUUGAGGGAGAUGAGGAAGAGAAGUAACAUCGGUGGGUUCGAGUUCAUGCCUUCUCCGCCGCCCACAUACUACAAGAACUUGAAGAACAGAGUUGGUGAUGUGCUGAGCGACGAGCAGAUUCAGCAGUGCGAGGAGUUGGGGAUCUUGGUGGAUAAAGACGAUCAGGGCACCCUGUUGCAGAUCUUCACCAAACCUGUUGGCGACAGGCCGACCAUCUUCAUCGAGAUAAUACAGAGAGUUGGGUGCAUGAUGAAGGAUGAGGCAGGGAAAGAGUUCCAGAAGGGUGGUUGUGGGGGAUUCGGGAAGGGCAACUUCUCCGAGCUCUUCAAGUCCAUCGAGGAGUACGAGAAGACAUUGGAGGCCAAGCGACCUGCAGAAGCCGCUUCCGCAUAGGUGAUAGAUAGUAUCAGAAUUUGCCAUGCCAUUGUUGUCAUUGUGUAUCAUUAUGAAGAGAAUGCCAAACAUUCAUUUGUGCUGCUGUAGCUUGUAUGUGUCAUCUCCUUCAAUCACUCUAUAACUAUAACUCUAUAAGUGAAUACCCGCUCGGUUACAGGUCGAAGUAGGCC